CACGGAAGUUGUUUGUCGCGCGUCAUAUUUGUGCGUCGACGCGCUCAUACGUAAAGGUGUCUGUUUUAAAAAUCCACCAUGGCUCGAAACGCAGAAAAGGCCAUGACGGCCUUGGCCAGGUUUCGUCAAGCUCAGCUAGAAGAAGGAAAAGUAAAGGAGAGACGGCCAUAUCUCGCCUCAGAAUGCAACGAGUUGCCUAAAGCAGAGAAAUGGAGACGGCAGAUCAUCAGUGAAAUUUCAAAGAAGGUGGCCCAAAUUCAGAACGCUGGGUUGGGGGAAUUCAAGAUCCGUGACUUGAAUGAUGAAAUCAACAAGCUUCUUCGUGAGAAGGGCCACUGGGAGUAUCGAAUCAAAGAACUGGGAGGCCCUGACUAUGCAAGAAUCGGCCCAAAGAUGCUGGAUCACGAGGGCAAAGAAGUGCCAGGAAACAGAGGUUACAAAUAUUUUGGUGCUGCAAAAGACCUACCUGGUGUCAGAGAGCUAUUUGAAAAAGAACCUGUAGCACCACCCAGAAAAACGAGGGGUGAGCUGAUGAAGGAAAUCGAUGCUGAGUAUUACGGCUACAGAGACGAGGAUGACGGCGGGUUAGUACCCUUGGAACAAGAAUAUGAGAAACAAGCAAUAGCAGAGGCUGUUGAGAAGUGGAAAGCUGAAAAAGAAGCUCGUUUAGCCGGCGGCGGAGGGGCGAAAGAGGUGGAAGAAGAAGAAGAAUACAUAUAUGCCGUCAAGGAUGAUGAGCAAUCUGAUGAUGAGAUGAGGGAACAGAUGGAGGGGGAGGAUGGAGCCCAAACAUUUAUAGCUCAUGUACCUGUACCAUCACAGAAAGAGAUCGAAGAAGCAUUGGUCAGAAGAAAGAAGAUGGAACUGCUGCAGAAGUACGCCAGCGAGAACUUAAUGGCACAAAGUGAAGAGGCUAAAGCGUUGCUCGGCUUGUAACGAUGCCUGUGUCUGUGCUCAAAGUUCACGUGUUUCAAUGUUUAUUAAAAGGGGAUUCAGGUUGAUGAAGGGUAGAUGUGACUAUUGCCAAUUAUUCAACAUCUUUUAUGUGCAUGUGACCCAUCUAACUUUACAAAAGUGGCAAAUACAUUGCAAAAUGCGGUGGCUUAUACAUGUCAAAACAUCUGGCAUUUCUGUUAACUGGUUUUUGUUUGUUUGUUUUAUGAUUUAUCUAUACUGUGUUAUACCAACCAUUUACAAAUGGGAAACACUGUAUGGCCAGAAGGAUUUGGACACCUAACCAUUAUAAACAUAUAUACUUGUUGAUCAUCCCGUCCCAGAUUUAGUCCUUCUGUGCUUUUUUACUAGAUUUUGCUGCAUAAAUUACAUUUGUGUUCAUUAAACCACAAAACUAGUGAGAUCAGGCACUGAUUCCAGUCGAGGAGUCCUGGUUCAGUUUUCCAGUUCAUUCCAGAAGGUGUUCUAUAGGGUGCAGACUGCUCUAGGUUUUUCCACUGUUACUCUGGAAAAGCAUGUCUUCAUUGGCCUCGCUUAGUGCACAGUAGGUUUUUUUAUUCACAAACGUGUUUGUGCCCCUUAGAUCCAAUGAAGACAAAUUGUAAUUUUCCAGCAUACAAAGCCAACCUAUAGUAUUGUGCUAAAAAAAACAUUUGAGUAAUAAUUUGUAGGUGUCCACAUAUGUUUGGCCAUAUAGUGUGUUUUGGGAAAAUGUGUUUUUGAGAAUCAACAACAACAAAUGCUUUGUAAAUAUAUUUUGUAUACAAUGCUCACAUUUUUUGGACUAGUAAAAAUUUUCUACAAAAUUGUUGAUUUUGUGUGUACUAGGUUUCAAUGUCUGUGUUAUCUUCUAACAUGGAGUGUGUUUGACCUGAAGCUGUGUGGGAUUUUUUUGUUGGUUUGUAUGCUUGUUUUUAACCAAAAAAAAGUUGUGCGAGUAUAUACAAAAUGAAUGACUAACAAUUAAAACCUGAAAGAUCUCUUUGCUUUGACUUGA